AGUAGUGUACAGAGUGAACCUGUAGAGUCAGGUACAAGAAUGGGGACAGGAGCAAAAUUCGCGCUUGCGACUUUGUUGGCGGUGUUACAUAUUGCAAGGACUCAGAAAGUGUCAACUCUAAAUGGACCACUUCUUGGACAACGACUGUCAGUGUUGGGCAAGUCCAUUGACGUAUUCUAUGGAAUUCCAUAUGCCAAGCCUCCUGUAGGCGAUCUCCGCUUCAAAUAUCCACAGCCUUCAGAGUCAUGGGGGCCGGAAGUUUGGGAUGCACAAAAACCGUCGUCAUCUUGCUUCCAAAUUAAAGAUGCUCUUGACACAGAUGAGACUCACAAACAGAUACCCGACGAUUACAGUGAAGACUGCCUUCAUCUUUCAGUGUGGGCUCCGUCAGACAAUGUUGGCAAUCUGGCAGUGAUGGUCUGGAUCUAUGGUGGAGGUUUUUAUAGUGGAUCUACACGAAUGCCACUGUAUGAAGGAAAAUACCUUGCAGCAGAGAAUGACGUCAUCGUUGUUUCAAUGAAUUACAGAUUGGGGCCUCUAGGGUUCAGCUACCUUGGACCAGACACCAUCCCUGGCAAUAUGGGCUUGAUGGAUCAACGACUGGCCUUACAGUGGGUGAAAGACAAUAUUGCCAACUUUGGUGGAGAUCCAACCCGAGUGACCAUUUUUGGAGAAAGUGCUGGUGGUGUCAGCGUGAGUGACCACCUGGUGUCACCUCUGUCACGUGACCUGUUUGACAGAGCCAUCAUGCAGAGUGGGACCCUCACUUGCCCAUGGGCAUACACGGUGCCCAAAACAGCAAAAUUAGCAAUACAGAAGUUUGCUGAUCAUCUUGAAUGUCCUUCAUCUUCAACUGAUGCAGACAUCCAUGAGUGCUUGAAAACAGCAGAUGCACAAGAUAUGGCAGACCUUCAGCGCGUUUUGUUUGAUGAAGGUCUUGCAUUUGUUCCAGUAGUGGAUGGGUACUUCCUUCCUGAUGACCCCAAAAGUCUUCUGUCCAGCGGAUCCAUCAAGCAGACCAGUGUAUUGCAUGGGUUCACAGGAGACGAGAUUACACUAUUUUUGGCAAUGGCUUUGAAGCAGAUGAGAAACGUGUCCACAUUACAUGAAACGCUUAUUUUAAGUCAACCAGAAUAUGAAAGUCUUCUUACCUUUGACUCUGUUACUGGUAGAGAAUUUGUAGAGCCUCUUCGCCUGUUUUAUGAAAGUCAAACAUCCCCUCUAAGGGACACUCACCAUUUGGAUGUAGUGACACGCAUGAUUUCAGAUAGGGAUAUCAAGUGUCCUCAUCUUGAGUUUGACAGAUUGUACUCUCCUGCCAACCCUACCUACGUCUACAGUUUUAAUCAUCGACUGUCAAUUAGUCCGAAUCCAAAGUGGAUGGGAGCAGCCCACUGGUACGAGCUUGACUUUGUGUUUGGUUGGGUUCUGGAAAAGUCUCUGGGAUAUACAGAGGAGGAGAUGGAACUCAGCAGGACCAUCAUGACGUACUGGACCAACUUUGCCAAGUCAGGCGAUCCGAACGCUCCUGUUCCCGUCAAGGUGAACUGGCCAGCCUCUUACAACACUGAUCUCUCCUACAUGGCCCUUGACGUGGGCAGCAAAUUAGCAGCAGGACACGGGGUAGUCCACCACGAAUGUGUCUUCAUCAACAGGAUUCUACCCAUGAUUUCUAAAGACUCACCAGAAGGGCAGGAGUACUGCACAAGAGGAUGAUAGGACAGCAUCAUACUAAUCUGUCCCAAGUUGAAAUACAGAUACAUCAUAAUGUUUUUAACGCCCUUUUGAACUGUAUGUGAAGUCCCUUUUUGUACGGCUUAAUCACAUUCACUUCCAAAAUCAACCACAGACACCUGUCAACGACUUCGUGGAAUAAUUAUGUUGUUCGUCGUGGUUUCAUGUCAAAUUUGUUUUAGCAUACUGUGUCCUGCAAGUCAGUUAGUGCGUGUGUGUAGUAGCUGCAUUGUAAGCUAAACAGUUUGUUUCAUUUUUGCCCUGCUGGGUUAAAUUAUGUAUGCAAUAUCUACAUUGACUAGAAAACUGGCAUUUACGCUACAUACUUGAUAGUCAACUGAUACAGUUGUUAUCUGCGUCAUUGACUCGGGGAAGCCAAGUGGUCUACAUAGAUGCAUUAGUUUCACAAGAACAUGGAAACAAAAACACAUGCUCGCAUUGCAUUUGACAACCUUGUUCUCACCAAGAACAUAUGGGUCAUAUGAGACGAUGAAAGGGAUCGGGUGAUCAGGCCCGCUGAUGCAUGUCAAUGUAUCCCAUUGACGUAGACACAUGCUCAUGAUGUUGAUCACUGGAUGACAGGUCCAGGCACGAUUACUUACAUGGAAAAGUGUAAAGAAACAAACAAAACCACUGUCCAAGUGCUUGUAAGGUCGGAGGCGAUCUAUGACAAACGAUGAGGUCAAUUUAGUUUAGAAAUAUAACAGUGAACGAUUGAGUUAGGUUUAAAGUUAAUGAUUUCAGUUGCCUUGAUGUGGUUUGAAAGCUGUAAGCAUUGCAGGUGUCGGUAGUUUACACGUGAGGUGAAAACAACGGAUAUGGUGACGAUAAACCAAGAAACACAGCCGUACAACGCAUAAUACUGUUUUAAGACGAAGUAGAUAAUCAAUAAACAGCUAGUAUAGUUUUACGCCGCUUUUAGCAAUAUUUCAGCAAUAACGGAUUCAAUAAACAGGUAUCACAAGUA